GGCGGCCGCGAAGCGCUGAGGGGAAGUUUGGGGCCGGGUUUCCUGGGGCUGCGGGCGGCACCCUGCCUCGGACCCAUGGCGGCGGCGGGCACGGAGCCGGAGGAGCCGAGCCGCCUGUCGCCCAAGGAGGAGGGCGAGCUGGAGGACGGCGAGAUCAGCGACGACGACGCCCAGGGCGCGGAGGGCGGCGGCGCCGCCAGCGCCAGGCCCUGCUCGCGGCGCAGGCCGCCCCCGCCCGGCCUCCGCGGCGGCGGCAGCGGCGGCGCCUCGUCUACGCGCCGCUUCCUGCGCUCGCGGCACCAGCCGCCGCCGGAGCUGGGCCGCCUGCACGGACACGGACAUGGACACGGACACGGCGGCUACCGGCCCAAGGAGCCCUUCCGCCCGCACCCGCCGCCGCCUGCCCCGCGCUUGCCGCCGGGGGGCCACGCCGAGCCCAGCCCGCGGCCCUCCUUCUGGGAGCGCAGCCACGACGCGCUGGACCGCUUCCGCUUUCGGGGCCGGCCCUACCGCCCCUGGGGCCGCUGGGGCCGCGGCCGGGGCGGGGGCAACCCCCCAGGGCGGCCGCCCGGCGCAGGGGGGGGCCCUAGCUUCGGCUGCGGCCAGGGUUGGAGGGAGCCCUCCCCGCGGAAGUCCAAAACUUUUGGAAGAUCCCCAUCUAGAAAACAGAGCUACUCAUCUAAAAAUGAAAACUCUGUGGAUGAAAGUUUUGAGGACCUGCUUUUGAAAUACAAGCAGAUUCAACUUGAGCUUGAAUGCAUUAAUAAAGAUGAAAAACUUGCUCAGAAUAACAAAGAAGAAACUGAGCAUCAAGAUGGUGCUGAAACAGCAGACACUGAGGACCAAGUAGCUGUAGAAGAAGAUGUCAGUAUUAUAAAGGAUGCUAUAAAAGAAGUAUCUCCUGAGGAGAAAAAUCAAGUUAUAACCUUUCAGGCAUUUGAACUGAAACCUCUCAGACAAAAACUGACUACACCAGCUGAGAGGAGCAGAUUGAAAAAACUUAAAGAUGGAACAAAACAACUGUCACAAAAAUCUGAACUUGGAGAAUCUAGUCAAGGUGAAGAAGACAAAGAACAAAUGUUAGCACGAAAGCUCAGCACUUCAGAUGUAACAACUGAGAAGAAGUUGCUUGAUGAGGAGGAAGAGAUGUCUGAAUUGCAGCUUCGACUUCUUGCACUUCAGUCUGCCAGUAAGAAAUGGCAGCAGAAAGAACAACAAGUGAUGAAGGAAAGCAAAGAGAAAUUAACAAAGACUAAAACUGUACAGAAAGUCAAAGCCAGUACAAAAACGCAUUCAACCAGAAAAACUAGCACUCCAGCUAAGCAAACUUUGAAGAAACAACAAACAAAGGCAUGGAAAAAGGUGCAGCAGCAAAAAGAACAAGACAGACGUCAGAAGGAAGAGGAUCUGAGAAAACAGGAGGAGGAGGAGGAGAGAAGAAAAAGAGAAGAAGAAAUCCGAAAAAUUCGAGACCUUUCAAAUCAAGAAGAACAGUAUAAUCGGUUCAUGAAACUUGUUGGAGGAAAAAGGAGGUCAAGAAGCAAGUCUUCAGAUACAGACUUGAGGCGGUCCUUAGAUAAGCAGUCUACUGAUAGUGCAGGAGGGAUUUAUCAGUAUGACAACUAUGAAGAAGUUGCCAUGGAUACAGACAGUGAAACAAACUCACCAGCAUCUUCUCCAGUACAGCCUCCCUUCUUUGAGUGUCCAAUGGGAUAUUUUCCUCCUCCUCCUGCACCACCAAUUGCCUUGUCAUUGCCACUUCCAGUUCCGGGAAUACAGCCUUUAAGCCAACUUUAUAUGGAUAGCAUUUCUUGUGUUUCUCUUGAACUUCCUCCACCUCUCCCACCCCUUCCACCUGAGGAACCUGAACAGCCACCAAAACCUCCGUUUGCAGAUGAGGAGGAAGAAGAGGAAAUGCUGCUACGAGAAGAGCUUCUCAAGUCUCUAGCUAAUAAACGAGCUUUCAGAUCUGAGGAAACUUCAAGUAAUAGUGGUCCACCUUCACCUCCUGUUCCAGACAAUUCUCAAUCUGUGCCAAGAAGCAAUUUAUCAGCAGUCAGUAUUAAUACUGUAUCCCAGCCUCGGGUUCAGAGCACAAAGUUUGUUAGAGUACCUAGACCUCCACGAGCAGUGAUCACGCUUCCAAAGCAUAAGUCAGUGGUUGUGACGCUAAAUGAUUCAGAUGAUAGUGAAUCUGAUGGAGAACCAUCUAACUCAACUAACAGUGUAUUUGGUGGACUAGAAUCUAUGAUCAAGGAAGCAAGGAGGAAUGUUGAGGCCUCAAAAACCAAAGCUCCUCCAAAGUCAGAAAAAGAAAAUGAUCCUAUGAGAACCCCAGAAGCUUUACCAGAAGAUAAGAAGAUAGAAUAUAGACUUUUAAAAGAAGAGAUUGCCAAUCGUGAGAAGCAGCGCUUAAUUAAGUCUGAUUCAAUGAAGAACAAUUCAUCUCCUGCAAAUUCUGAUGGUGAAGUUGAUGGGAUCAGUAGAAUAGCAAUAGUUACAAAACAAGUGACAGAAGCAGAAGCAAAACUUAAGAAACACAAACUUCUCUUGAUGAAGGAUGAAUCUGUUUUAAAGCAUUUGCUGCAGCAAGAGGUAAAGAAAAGAGAAAAUGUUCGAAUUGCUGAAAAUAAGAUUAAUAAACUUGCUGAGCAACUGCAAGCAACUGAGAAGAUCCUGAAUGUUAAUAAGAUAUUUUUGAAAAAGCUUCAGGAACAAAUUCACAAAGUUCAACAACGAGUUGCAGUGAAAAAAGCUCUGGCGUUAAAAUACGGAGAAGAGCUUGCUCGAGCAAAAGCAGUGGCUAGUAAAGAAAUUGGAAAACGAAAACUGGAACAUGAUCACCUUGGACCAAGCAAAAUGUUGAAACUGGAUAAUUCCCCUGCAUCAAGUCCAAAGAAACAUUCAGCGGAAUUGAUUGCAUUGGAAAAGAAGAGACUCCAGCAAUUGGAGUAUGAAUAUGCCCUAAAGAUUCAGAAAUUAAAAGAAGCUCGUGCACUUCAAACCAGGGAACAACCAAAUGUUAUCCCUAAUGUAGAAGAGGAAUCUGAAUUUGUAUUGCCUCAACCAUCACUUCAUGAUCUGACACAAGACAAACUGACCUUGGAUAGUGAAGAAAACUAUUUUGAUGAUGAGGUUUUAUCUAACUCAAAUAGAGAACGCCGGAGAUCUUUCAGAGAAUCCAAUUCUUUUACUAAACCAAAUCUUAAACACCUGGACACCCCUAAGCAGGAGACUAUAAAUAAACUUUCUAAAAAGACGAUGGAUGAGCCUGAGCUUUUCCUUGGGUUGAAUAUUGACGAACUGAAAAAACUUUAUGCUAGAGCCGAUAGCUUGAAAGAGCUGCUAAUGAAAAAUACUGCCUUCAUGACUUCUAAGGAAGAGUCUUUAUGUGGUCAGGAAAUUUCAAUAGAUGUGGAUAUUGUUACAGCACAGAGCAAACAAACAGAAGUGAAACCAUUUCCAUUUGGACCAUAUCAUAGUCCCCUUCUAGUUUUUAAAUCCUACAGGUUUAGUCCCUAUUUUCGAACCAAGGAAAAACUUUACCUCAGUUCAGUAACCUACAGCAAUAUGAUUGAGCCAAAACAGUGUUUCUGCCGUUUUGAUUUAACAGGCACGUGUAAUGAUGAUGAUUGUCAGUGGCAGCAUAUGAAAGAUUGCACUCUUAGCCGAAAACAGCUAUUUCAAGACAUUCUCUCUUACAAUUUAGAUUUGAUUGGUUGUUCAGAGAAAAGCACAGAUGAGGAGAUAAGCACUGCUACAGAAAAAUAUGUUGAAAAACUUUUUGGUGUAAACAGAGAUCGAAUGUCAGUGGAUCAAAUGGCUGUUCUUCUUGUUAGCAAUAUCAAUGAAAGUAGAGGUCACACACCUCCUUUUACAACCUGGAAAGACAAACGGAAAUGGAGGCCAAAAUACUGGAGAAAACCGGUUUUGUAUAGCAGCAGUGAGGAGGAGCAGUCUCUUGGACCUAUUAAAUAUGCCCACCCUAUAGAACAUAAAACUAAUGUUCCAGCUCUGGAUGCAGUUGUGACUCCAGAUGAUGUCAGAUAUUUUACAAAUGAGACAGAUGACAUUUCUAACCUGGAGGCGAGUGUGCUUGAAAACCCUCGUGAUGUACAGCUUUGGGUUAAACUUGCAUACAAGUACUUGAAUCAAAGUGAAGGUUCAUCCUCGGAGUGCUUGGAUUCUGCUUUAAAUGUUCUGGCUCGAGCACUAGAAAACAACAAGGAGAACCCUGAAAUUUGGUGUCAUUACCUCAAACUGUUUUCAAAAAGAGGAACCAAGGAGGAAGUACAGGAGAUGUGUGAAACAGCAGUUGAAUAUGCCCCUACUUACCAAAUCUGGUGGACAUUUCUGAGCUUGGAAACCUCCUUUGAUGGGAAGGAUUAUGUCUGUGGAAGAAUGCUGCAGUUCCUAAUGGAAAUGGGAGAGGCUGAAGAAAACUCUGAUGUUCUGUCCUUUCAGCUCCUGGAGACCCUACUCUAUAGAGUUCACUUAAGUCUGUUUACAGGAAGGCAUCAAAAUGCUCUUGCUCUGCUUCAGAAUGCUUUGAAAUCGGCUAAUGAAACAAUAAUAGCACAAUGCCUUACAUUAAGUGACCGCUGUUUAGCUUGGCUAGCUUAUAUACAUCUAAUAGAAUUCAACAUUCUCCCUGUCAAGUUCUAUGAUCCUGGUAAUGCCAACCCAUCAAGGAUAAUGAACAAAGAGCCAUUUUUGAUACCAUGGCAAACCGUGCAAGAUAUCAAGACCAAUCCUGAUAUGUUGUUAGCUGUGUUUGAAGAUGCAGUCCAAACAUGUACUGAUGAAAAUAUUACAGCUGAUGAAAGAAUAGCUAUCUGUCUUCCACUCUACAGAAACAUGAUUUCUUUGCUGCAGCUUCUGGAAAGGUGGGAGUCAGCUGUUGAGCUUUGUAGAUCAUUGUUGGAGUUUUGUCCUCUCAACUAUCAGCUGCUGGAAUCCCUAGUCACGUUGUACAUGCGGAUGGAACAGAACGACAAAGCCUGUGCUGUGUGGCUUACAGCUUUUGAGAAAAAACCUCAAAAUGCACAGAUUUUUUAUCAUAUGUGCAAAUUCCUCAUUUCACAGAAAAGAUCAGACAAUAUUCCUUCACUGUUGCAAGAAUUUGUGGCAGCUUUCUUUGAGAACUCAUGUCAAGAGUACAGUCCCAUGGAUUUAUUACGGUAUCUCUUGAAUUUUCCAAUUCCAAUUGAAUUUACGCCACCUUUGUAUAAAGAACAUCUUACAGAUGAUGUUUUAAACCAGCAUGUUCCUUAUCUAUGGCAGAUCUACUGUUUAUGCCAGUCUCUUCUUGCAAGUGUUGGUGAAGCAUUGGAUGCUUAUGAAGCAGCGCUAGGAGCAGUGAUGCAGCCAGAAACAGUGCAGAACAUUUGGAUGGAUUACCUUGUUUUUAUCAAUAGCAAAGUUGUUGGAUCCAACAAUAAAGUUCAAGAAUUUAAAAUUUUUACCGAUCUGGUGAACAGGUGUCUAGUUACAGUCCCUACACGAUACCCAAUUCCUUUUAGCACUGCUGAUUAUUGGACCAACUAUGAGUUCCAUAAUAAGGUAAUUCUCUUCUACUUGAGCUGUGUCCCAAAGUCUCAACAUUCCAAAACUUUGGAACGAUUUUGCUCUAACAUGCCUACUAAUCCUGGACUUGCGCUGAGGCUGCUUCAACAGUAUUGGGAAGAGAGCAACAUUCAGAUUCUGAAACUUCAAGCCAAGAUGUUUACGUAUAAUAUCCCAACAUGCCUGGCCAUCUGGAAAAUAGCCAUUGCUGCCGAGUGCUUUGUAAAGGGACAGAGAGAAGUCCAUCAUCUAUAUCAGAGAGCCCUUCAGAAGUUACCUCUGUGUGCAACACUGUGGAAAGAUCAACUCUUGUUUGAAGCCUCAGGAGGAGGUAAAACUGAUAACCUGAGAAAACUAGUUUCCAAGUGCCAAGAGGUUGGAGUCAGCCUAGAUGAGCUUUUAAAUUUAAACACUUACAGAACAGAAAGCAAGAAUCACUGAACACUGGGUGCAGCCAGUCCUUAAGUCCUAUUAAAUGCCAAAAUCAUUUGAAUGAUUCUUCAGGCUGAUCCAUGCCUAAUGUCUGUGUAAGGCAGAUGAGUAUUGCUGAGCAUAUCAAGUCUCCAAUCUUCUUUCCUUGAACCUGGAAACAAUUAACAAGAUCCUCCUCUGUCUGGAUAAAUGAACUCCCUGUUUGGCCUGCUCUGGGCCCUGCCAGAUUCUCAUAACAUCAUGUACGUAAGUAUAGUUAAUCAAAAUGACAGACUUCUUUUAUUUUUUUUUUUAAGUUUUCCUUUUAGUUUCCCUUUUUGUUAUGUUGUGUUGUUCCUGAUUCACUUGACACUCUCACUGAUGCCUGAGAGAUCUGUUUGGGAUAAAUUACUGGGCUGUGUUUACAGUAAAAAGCAAGUCCAUUUUGUUUUUUCCUUUUUAAAACCUUUUUGAGAUUUUUUCCAUUACAGGAUUUAAAACAAAAGCAGCCGCUCUUAAGGAAAGCGUAACUGCCAUGGCCACAAGUAUGCUUCUUGCACUUGAAGGCUCUAAGAGGGUUGUUUACUGCCCUUUCUGCAUUCUGGACUCAUGGCAGAGACUAUUUAACUUGAAGAUUAAAGAAACUAUUGCAAAUGCCAGUGCAUCAGAACCCAAGAGUGGUCAAUUAUUAUGUGCAAUUUUUUUGUAAAGAAGUUUUAAUUUAUAAUAAAGUUUAACAGUUUAAAGAACA